AUGAAUCGCUACGCUUCAGAGGGAGAGAUACAUGGGGAAAUAGUCGAACUCUACCAAUCAUCCCGCGAGCGGCAGAAGUAUGACGACCAGGCGAGUCUGUACGCCAUCAUCGUGGCAACAGAACAUUUGGAACGAGCCUUUGCCAGAGACGCCGUCAACGACAAGGAGUACAGGACACAGUGCAACAAGCUGAUCUCGCAAUUUCGGCUGGCAGAGAAGGCUGCCUGUGGGAGUGACAUGACAACCGAAACAUUUAUGCAAAUUUAUCAAAUGGAUUGUCCACGAGCUCGGGAGCGGCUCCUGGUGAUGGGCGUGCCCGAAAUAAUCAAAUCUGGGCCCGAAGAAAGCAAGGUGGCAGUCAGUGUCGCAGAGACUGUGCAGGCAUUUAUCACCGUCAUGGAUGCCGUCAAGCUGGAGCAACGUGCUGUGGAUGAACUUCAGCCCCUCCUCGGCGAUUUAAUGGAGAGUAUCACGAGACUCCCAGAAACCCCUAACGAUUUUGAACCCAAUCGCAAGGUAGAAAAGUGGUUGAAAAAGUUGAACGCUAUGCGUGCUGUGGAUGAAAUUGACGAAGAAGAUUCCAGACAACUUUAUCUUGAUCUGGAUUCUGCAUACGCCCAAUUCACACGCUAUCUCAAACGAUAAUCAUCUGCAGACGAGCGCUCUGGAAACCUCAGCACCAAUUUGGAUCUCUACUGGUCACGUUGGGCUCAAUGCUUCAUGUCGAGGAUGAUUAAGUUAAUGUGUCUGCCCACCCACAGCAGUUGAGUUCCAUGUUCUACUGGUAUCAGGCGUCCAUCAUGAAGUAGUUUUACUUGUUCUACAAACAAUAUCAAUCGCACUUUCUCAUUCGUUCGGACUGCUACCAUGUACCUAGUCUCCCAUUGUUCGUCUUGAAGAGGAGAACACGUUAGAUCGCCGUCCUGAGUUUCACGUCAUUGUUCCGCCUGAUCUCUUCGAACCUUGAACCGCCGCCAACAUCCUCUCACUAAGCUAGUAGGGACGACAGAAAACGUAACAAAAGUUUCUACACAUAUU